AUGGCAAUGUGGUGCACCUAUGCAAGCUUGGCAGGCUUAGCCUCGCUUGCAAGGCUUCACGAGGUUUGGGACUAUGCCUUCGAAAAGACCGAAGCCUGUGCAGAGAAGGAGGAGGCGAUUGCUCUGGGCUUGCAGGCGGCGCCCGCGUCGGAACCUGCGGAGCUGGAGAGAAGGCCAGAGGCGCAGCAGGAUGCGCCGGAGGUUGUGGAGGACUCCGCAGAGUUGGACGUGGCGCCUCCUGUGGUGCAGGACAGCACGCAGGCGCCAGUGCGGCAAGUGGAGGCGUCGCCCAAUGCCGUGCAGAGCGCGGUGGUCAUGGGCCAGCUGGCGCCCCAGCCUUUUGCGUGUCAUGCUCCAGAGGAGUGCAGCUAUGCUUCGACUAUCCCAGGGUUUACUACAAGCGUCAUGAAGAUGCAGCACGCCGAUGCACUUGCAGUGGCCAGCGUUUGGGAUGAUCUGGGGGCCGAGAAAGGCUUAUUCAACGAGAAGGAUAGCUGGCGAGACUACCGCGGCCUCAAGCAGCGGGGCCUCCGCCCAGACAGAUUUCCGGACUGGCGCCGGAAGAAUGGCGAGGGCGCCCUUUGGGCACAUUCGGCGCCGGAGUGGGCCACGGCGAGGCUGAAUGGAAGCGACUCAGGGUGGGAAGAGGCAAUCGCAGAGGAGGACGCUUGGAAGGAUUUGUUUGCCAACCCGGACAGCUGGAAGGACUACCGCGAGGGCAAGCAAAACCCAAGGUUCCCAGACUUCAAGCGUGAUGACGGCCAGGCACUAUGGCUAGACUCCUGGUCUACGCCGGACUGGGUGUCAAGCAAGCUGCAGGACAACGACCAAGUCUGGACCACGGAAACACAGAAUGUGCCAGGCGGCACUGGUGCAAGCACUGGCACCAAGCCAAAAGACAAAGAAAUGGAAGAACUUUGGAAUCACUUGUUUGCAAACGGAGACAGUUGGAAGGACUACCGCGAGGGCAAGCAAAACCCAAGGUUCCCAGACUUCAAGCGUGAUGACGGCCAGGCACUAUGGCUAGACUCCUGGUCUACGCCGGACUGGGUGUCAAGCAAGCUGCAGGACAACGACCAAGUCUGGACCACGGAAACACAGAAUGUGCCAGGCGGCACUGGUGCAAGCACUGGCACCAAGCCAAAAGACAAAGAAAUGGAAGAACUUUGGAAGGACUUGUUUGCAAACGGAGACAGUUGGAAGGACUACCGCGAGGGCAAGCAAAACCCAAGGUUCCCAGACUUCAAGCGUGAUGACGACCAGGCACUAUGGCUAGACUCCUGGUCUACGCCGGACUGGGUGUCAAGCAAGCUGCAGGACAACGACCAAGUCUGGACCACGGAAACACAGAAUGUGCCAGGCGGCACUGGUGCAAGCACUGGCACCAAGCCAAAAGACAAAGAAAUUGAAGAACUUUGGAAGGACUUGUUUGCAAACCGGGACAGUUGGAAGGACUACCGCGAGGGCAAGCAAAACCCAAGGUUCCCAGACUUCAAGCGUGAUGACGACCAGGCACUAUGGCUAGACUCCUGGUCUACGCCGGACUGGGUGUCAAGCAAGCUGCAGGACAACGACCAAGUCUGGACCACGGAAACACAGAAUGUGCCAGGCGGCACUGGUGCAAGCACUGGCACCAAGCCAAAAGACAAAGAAAUGGAAGAACUUUGGAAGGACUUGUUUGCAAACCGGGACAGUUGGAAGGACUACCGCGAGGGCAAGCAAAACCCAAGGUUCCCAGACUUCAAGCGUGAUGACGACCAGGCACUAUGGCUAGACUCCUGGUCUACGCCGGACUGGGUGUCAAGCAAGCUGCAGGACAACGGCCAAGUCUGGACCACGGAAACACAGAAUGUGCCAGGCGAAACUGCAGGCACGAGCACCCGUGCAAGCACUCGCAGCAAGCCAGCAGAUAAAAUACAGGAAGAGCUUUGGAAUGACUUGUUUGCAGAUCCCGACACUUGGACGGACUACCGCAAGGGCAAACAAAGCCCAAGAUUCCCAGACUUCAAGCGUGAUGAUGGCCAGUCACUAUGGGUAGACUCCUGGUCUACACCUGACUGGGUGGCGAGCGAGUUGAAGGAAGACAUGUGGGCCCAAGGCUCUCGCACUGAACCUGCCUCAGACCAGUGGUCGGAUUUGUUGAAGUCGCCACAUCUUUGGGUCGACCAUCGCCAUAGCAAGCGCUCGGAGAAGUAUCCCGACUUCAUCAAGGUGGACGGGACCGCGUUGUGGCUCGGCAGCUCUUCGACCCCCGACUGGGUCGGGGAAAAGCUGAAAGAUGUCGCUGGCUUUGCGCAAGAAGGCGAUGGGAAGGCCACACCAAAGGCGAGGGCAACGGACCCCGAGGAGAUUGAUCGCCUUUGGAAGGCUUUGCUGGGCCCAAAGGAGAACGGCUGGCUGGACUAUCGCGAGAGGAAGAUACAGGGCGCCGAUCCUCCGGAUCACCCGGAUUUUCUGAAUGCCAACACCCAGGAUGGGCUUUGGCUUGCCGACGCGCCGGACUGGGCGGUACCUCAGCAAAGUAGGAGUAAGCGAGCAAGAUAAGGAAGGGAAGGAAGGAAUGAAGGAAAGACGUUAAUAAAGAAAGGCAGGAAGAAAGAAGGAAGGAGGAAGGAAGGAAGGAAGGAAGGCAGGAAGGAAGGAAGGAAGGAAGG